AUGUACGAUAACAGAGAUGGAUCAGGUCCCAGUUUCAAGCGCCGGAGGCUAGACGGAGGGCGAUUCCAAGACUCGGGCCGCUCAACACCGCGCGACGCCCGCGCCGCCGAGACGCCAGCCAGGGACGUCCCGGAACCCACCGACGAAGACUCGAAAGCGCUGGAUCGCGACUGGUAUUUGGGAGACGAAUUUGGCGGCCACACAUUCGGAGACGACACCCACAACCCGUUCGCUUCGUACUCUUCAUGGGAGGCCGAGAAGCAGGAGGCCGUCAAGGCGGAGAAGAUGACGGGGCGCUUCGAUGCGCGAAAGGAGCAGAGACAGAGGGAGAAUGACGCAUGGGAGACAAAUCGCAUGCUAGUUUCGGGCGUUGCGCAGAGGAGGGAUAUGGGUGCCGAUUUCGAUGACGAGGAGGCUACAAGAGUCCAUCUCUUGGUGCAUGAUCUGCGACCUCCGUUCCUCGAUGGACGAACCAUCUUUACGAAGCAGCUGGAGCCCGUGCCGGCCGUCCGUGACUUCCAGAGCGACAUGGCCGUAUUCAGUCGGAAAGGCAGCAAGGUGGUGAAGGAGUCGCGUCAGCAGAGGGAACGGCAGCGACAAGCACAGGAGGCCACGAGCAUGGCUGGCACGGCUUUGGGGAAUUUGAUGGGCGUGAAGGAGGAUGAUGGCGACAGCGCGUUGCCUGUGGCUUCGGAGAAUGACGCGAAGAAGAGAGGGGAGAAGGAGGAGACGAAUGAAAACAGCAACAAGUUUAGCGACCACAUGAAGAAAGAUGAUGGGGGCAGCAGUGAUUUCAGUCGGAGCAAGACGUUGCGCGAGCAGAGGCAAUACCUACCUGCGUUUGCCGUUCGAGAGGAUUUGAUGCGUGUCAUCCGGGAGAACCAAGUCAUCAUCGUGGUGGGCGAAACGGGAUCCGGCAAGACGACGCAACUGACGCAAUUUCUCUACGAGGAUGGUUUUGGAAAUUCAGGGAUGAUUGGAUGCACUCAGCCCAGACGUGUAGCCGCGAUGAGUGUUGCCAAGCGUGUUUCCGAGGAGAUGCAAGUCAAGCUGGGCAGCACAGUGGGCUAUGCUAUUCGUUUCGAAGAUUGCACCAGCAAGGAUACCGUCAUCAAGUACAUGACCGACGGUGUCUUGUUGAGAGAGUCACUCAACGAGCCUGACCUCGACAGGUAUUCGUGCGUCAUCAUGGACGAAGCACACGAGAGAGCUCUCAACACGGACAUCCUAAUGGGGCUUUUCAAGAAGAUUCUCCAGCGGCGACGAGACCUGAAGCUCAUCGUCACCUCUGCGACGAUGAACGCGAAGCGAUUCUCGGACUUUUACGGCGGGGCUCCCGAGUUCAUCAUCCCGGGCCGGACCUUUCCAGUCGAUGUCAUGUUUCACAGGUCACCAGUUGAAGACUACGUGGAUCAGGCGGUUCAGCAGGUCCUGGCCAUCCACGUGUCCAUGGACCAGGGUGAUAUCCUCGUUUUCAUGACGGGACAAGAAGACAUCGAGGUCACCUGCGAGCUGAUCCAGAAGCGGCUUGACGCCCUCAACGACCCGCCGAAGCUGAGCAUCCUACCCAUCUACAGUCAGAUGCCGGCAGACUUGCAAGCCAAGAUUUUCGACCGCGCGGCGCCCGGUGUGCGCAAGUGCAUCAUCGCGACGAAUAUCGCGGAGACGAGUUUGACCGUUGACGGUAUCAAAUACGUGGUAGACGCCGGAUAUAGCAAGAUGAAGGUAUACAACCCGAAGAUGGGUAUGGACACCCUUCAGAUUACCCCAAUCUCCCAAGCGAACGCGUCGCAGCGAUCGGGACGUGCCGGUCGAACAGGGCCUGGAAAGGCGUUUCGGCUGUUCACUGAGAAGGCAUUCAAAGAGGAACUCUACAUGCAGACGAUUCCCGAAAUCCAGCGCACGAACCUGAGCAACACAGUACUCAUGCUCAAGUCGCUAGGUGUCAAGGAUCUGUUGGAUUUUGACUUUAUGGAUCCGCCACCGCAGGACACCAUCACGACAUCAAUGUUUGAUCUGUGGGCUUUGGGCGCCUUGGAUAACCUGGGAGAGCUAACUACGCUCGGUCGAAAGAUGAGCGCGUUCCCGAUGGACCCGUCACUCUCCAAGCUCCUCAUCACGGCCGAGGAAUACGGCUGCAGCGAGGAAAUGAUCACCAUCGUGUCCAUGCUCUCCGUCCCCAACGUCUUUUACAGACCCAAAGAACGCCAGGACGAGGCAGAUGCCCAGCGUGAAAAGUUCUGGGUGCACGAGUCGGACCACCUGACGUAUCUUCAGGUGUACUCAGCGUGGAGGUCAAACGGUUGCUCGGAUGGCUGGUGUAUCAAGCACUUUUUGCACCCCAAGUCGCUCCGCCGCGCCAAGGAGAUCCGCGACCAGCUGCUCGACAUCAUGAAGAUGCAAAAGAUGGAGAUGCUUAGCUGCGGUAUGGACUGGGACGUCAUCCGUAAGUGUAUCUGCAGCGGCUACUACCACCAGGCGGCCAAGUACAAGGGCUCGGGCGAGUACAUCAACCUGCGAACAAACCUUGGCGUCCAGCUGCACCCGACGUCGGCGCUGUACGCGGGUCAUCCACCCGAUUACGUCGUCUAUCACGAGCUCAUCCUGACGUCAAAGGUGUACGUGUCGACCGUCACGGCCGUGGACCCGCAUUGGCUGGCCGAUCUGGGAGGUGUCUUUUACUCGGUCAAGGAAAAGGGGUACUCGGUGCGAGACAAGCGCAUCACCGAGACGGAGUUUAACCGCAAGAUGGAGAUCGAGACCAAGAUGGCCGAGGAUAAGAAGAGGGAGGAAGAUCGAUUGGAGGCGGAGAAGGAGAAGUCUGCGAGGAGAAAGACUGGCGGAGCCGCGACGGCGGCUGGGGGGAAGAAGAUUGUUACGCACGGGGCCGUGAGGAAGCCUGUCAUUAAGCGACGGGGCAGAGGCUUUUAG